UCUGUGUGAUAUAAACAAUUCGCGUGUUUAGUUUAGUAACCUCAAAAAUGAACUCGAAAUACAGCCUACCUAACAGUAAAAAUAAUAUUACAAAGUUUUCAAUGAAGAUGAAACCAACUCCAAUAAUUUUUGGAAAUAAAAAUGGACCCCCUAGUCCCAAAAAAAUGAAAAUGAAUUCCAACGAAAAUAUGAAUUCUUCUAAUUAUAAUGGUAAUUUUAGCCCCAGGCCCAAACUGAGUAUUCAAGACCAGAGGAGAAAAUUACCUGUGUUUGAUAAAAGAAAUAAGUUGUUGGAACUCAUAAAAAGACACAAAACACUUAUAAUUUUAGGGGAAACUGGCAGUGGAAAGACCACUCAAAUACCACAAUACAUUCAUUCUGCUAGGCUACAAGAAAAUGGAAAAAUAGCUGUUACACAACCCAGAAGGGUAGCCGCUAUUAGUAUUGCUCUAAGGGUUGCUCAAGAAUUUGGACAAGGGAUGCAAAUUGGUGAUGUGAUAGGUUAUUCAGUGAGAUUUGAAGAUGUUACGUCAACUAAAACUAAGAUAAAAUUUUUGACUGAUGGCAUGUUAUUACGGGAGGCCAUGUUCGAUAAGUUGCUAAUGGAAUACACUGUUGUGAUUUUGGAUGAAGCUCAUGAAAGGACUAUACACACUGAUGUUUUGUUUGGUAUUGUGAAAAGGGCACAAAAGAUUAGAGAAGAUAAAAAUCUUGCACCUUUGAAGAUAUUAAUUAUGUCUGCUACAAUGGAUGUAGAUCAUUUUUCCAAAUAUUUCAAUAAUUGUCAAGCUGUCUAUUUGGAAGGAAGGACGUACCCUGUGAAUGUUUAUCAUACAAUUAAACCCCAUGAUGACUAUCAGACAAGUUGUGUAGCUACAUUUUUCAAAAUACAUAAAGAAGCACCUGCUAAUCAUGAUGUCUUGAUUUUCCUCACUGGUCAAGAAGAGAUAGAGGCAUGUGCUCAUCAAAUUAGAUUAUUGGCAAAAGAUCCAGAUGUGCACGGACCCGCAGUUAAAGUGUGUACGUUGUAUGCUGCCCAACCAAGUUCCCAGCAACUCAGUGUUUUCCACCCGGCUCCACCGAAUACAAGAAAAGUAGUCAUCAGCACAAACAUAGCUGAAACAAGUGUUACUAUCAGUGGUAUAAAGUAUGUCAUUGAUAGCGGUAUGGUUAAAGUAAGAUCCUUUCAUCCUUCCACUGGACUGGAGCUAUUGAAGACGCAAAAGAUAUCACAGGAACAAGCAUGGCAAAGAAUGGGUCGAGCUGGUCGUGAAUCUGAAGGUUACUGUUAUCGAAUUUACACAAGAUCUCAGUUUGAGUUGAUGCGGAAGGUUUCAAUCCCUGAAAUACAAAGGGCCAACUUAUGCACAGUUGCCUUACAACUUUUAUCAUUGGGGAUACAGGCCAUGCAGUUUGAUUUCAUGGAUAAGCCUCCUAGGGAUGCUACAAUGGCUGCUUUUGAACAGUUGACACUUCUUGGUGCAGUAGAAACCAUUACAUCAACCACUCUUACCCCUCUUGGGAAGAAAAUGGCAAAGUUUCCUCUAGAUCCUCGAUUUUCUAAGAUUCUACUUUCCGCGCAUGAUUUCGGAUGCCUGGAGGAAGCUUUAACAGUAGUUUCUUUAUUGAGUGGAGAGUCAAUCUUGAUUAAUCCAACUAGCAAAAGAGAGCAAGCUCAGAAUGUGAGGCAAAAAUUCUGUUCUGCUUAUGGGGAUCACAUAACUCUUCUGAACAUUUUCAGGGAGUUUACAAAUGUUGGACAGACCAAUAAAAGAAACUGGUGUCACGAACAUUUUAUCAAUAUGCGUAACAUUCUGCAUGCUAGAGAUAUCAGAAAUCAGCUAGAGGAGAUUUGCAAAAAAUGUGACUUGACCCUGAAGUCGUGUGGUAGUCAAAUGGACCAGCUCAGAAAGUGUCUAGUGACAGGACUUUUCAUGAAUACUGCAGAAUUAUUGAGAGAUCGACUGUAUACAACCUUGGACAAAAAGCAAGCAGUUCAAAUCCACCCGAGCUCAAGUUUACACGGACAACAACCUGCCCUAAUUUUGUUCACCGAAGUUGUACAGACCAGCAAAUGUUAUUUAAGGGGAAUUACCACUAUAGAGGCUGAAUGGCUGAAUGAAAUUGCACCAGAAUAUCUAAAAAGUCAUAAUAUAAGACUCAACAAAAGUAGUUGAUAGUUGUAUGAAAGUACGAAUUUUGAUAUUUGUUAAUAGUACCAUGUACUGGCCAUGAUAUAAUAGUGAGUACAAAAAAGUACAGACUUGCCUGAAGCAAAUUGUAAGUAAAAUAUGAAAGUGCUUUUAGGCCACAUGGUAUUUUGUUGUUGCCUUCAAAUGAAGAAAUAAUUAUUUUUACAUCCAAUUUCUGACAAGGAAAAUUAUAAUUGGUAUUAAUUGUUAAGUAACUCCUAAAAUGAUUACCUCUUAGUUUAGGCAUUGAAUUUAUAUAUUUUAUUUUGAUAUAAGUCAAUGACUUUUUUUUCAUUUUUGCGUUAUGUUGACUGUAAAUGAUGGUGUUUAUUGAUUUUGGGACCAUGUUGAAAGUGUAUGUGUAAGUUCAAGUUGGAUUCAAGCAUUUUAUUGUAUAUAGAUUUUUAUUGUUUUUAAUAACCAAUACAAUGACGAAAUUCCUUUUUGUUUA